GACAGCCCCACGCAAUCCUUUGAGCCCCAUCCACCUCUCUACGGAUACUCCUGCGACAAGUGCGACAGCCUCGAUCGGGCUCUUCGAGGUCCGCCUGAACAAGUGCGUCUCGCCAAUAGACCAAAUUCCAUCACCCACGUCUUUUUCCUCGCUUUGUUUUGUUCGCCAAAAAUGACGGACAGAUCAGAUUCCAUUAGUUCGUCCAAGAACGCCUCGGACGCGCGCGAUGGCACAACUCACGGCCACGAUGCGGAGAAAGACAUCGAGAUGCAGGGGCAGGACGUAAUCGAGCCGGAGUCAACGGUCAAAUCUCCCACAAAUAUCAACUUCGGGCGAAUCGGUGACGAUGCUGCUGCCAGGAGGAUCAAGAGGGAGAAGACACUCGAGCGACAACAUUCGAUUGGUUCCCUGGGUCGACCGGCACCCAGAGGUGAUCCAAAUGCGAGGUUGGCCAUGAACUACAGGACCAUGAGCCUGGUGAUGUCCACUGGUGGACUCGCCGACGCACCACAAAGACAUCGAAAGGGAGAACGCAAGACGCUCAAGGACUUUAGCAAUCUCGAAUGGCACAAGUUGCCAGUAGAGGACGUCCUUCAUCGACUUGGCGUCUCACCGGCCGGUGGCCUUGAUGCGGAUCAAGCCAAGAGACGCAUCUCACAAUAUGGUCCCAACAGGAUGAGCAAGCCCCAAAGCCAACUUCUUCGUAAACUCUUUGGCUAUGUAUUUGGCGGAUUUGGUUCUCUCCUAAUUGGCGGUGCGAUCAUAUGCUUCCUCGCCUGGAAGCCCCUGGGGAACCCGAAUCCUCAAGCGUCCAACUUGGCUCUCGCUGUUGUCCUUCUCAUUGUGGUUGUCCUUACCACAAUCUUCAACGCGUGGCAAGAUUGGUCCACCUCACGCGUCAUGGCCUCCAUCGGCAACAUGCUACCACAGGACGUGCUGGUGCUGCGGGAUGGCAGCAAGCGCACCAUUCCUGCUUCGGAGCUCACUCGAGGCGACAUCGUCAUCCUCUCCAUGGGUCAAAAAAUUGCAGCCGACAUGCGCAUCAUCGAAGUUGGUAGCGAGCUUUCCUUCGACAGGAGCUCACUCACCGGAGAGUCGGAUGCCAUUGUAGCCACCGUCGAGUCUACCGAUGACAAUUACUUGGAGAGUCGCAACGUCUGCAUGGCUGGAACAUCCUGCGUCGGUGGCAGCGGUCUCGCAAUUGUCACCGCUAUCGGUGACUCCACCGUGCUUGGUCGCUUGACCAAACUCUCCUCGGCGCCUAAGACGGAGCGUACAACGUUGGAAAACGAGAUUUUCUAUUUCAUCAUCACUAUCACUGUGCUGGCAUUUACCCUUGCGAUCAUCUGCAUCAUCAUUUGGGCGGCUUUCCUCCGACCGAAGCAUCCGAACUUCAUGUCUGUCUCUCAGCUCCUCGUCAACGUCGUCAGCAUCCUCAUUUCUUUCAUCCCCGAAGGCCUGCCCAUUUGCGUCACUCUCAGUCUCACCGCCAUUGCAGCAAAACUUCGCAAAAGUCGUGUGCUGGCCAAGUCCCUUGGCGUGUGCGAGACUCUUGGCUCUGUUAACGUCCUCUGCUCCGACAAGACGGGAACCCUGACUCAGAACAAGAUGUUUGUCCAGAGCUGCGGAGUGCAUGGCUUUGACUCGAACCCUCAGGACGCGGCCAAGCAAAUCACAAUCGACGGACCCAUCGGAGACUGUCUUCGACAAUUGGCGCACGUCGGCGCCAUCUGCACUGCUGCGUCUUUUGACGAAUCGACGCCUGCCAACGUCCCGCUCUCGCAACGCAGGAUUCACGGCGACGCGACAGACCAGGCCUGCUUCAGGUACUCAGAAGAGACUUUCGGAGUCGAUCGGGCAAAUUCCGGCUGGCAGGUCCUCUCGCGACUCGCCUUCAACUCGAAGAACAAGUUUGCUCUGCAUGUCGCCGGAGCGAUGGAGGGCGAAAAGGGAGCAGACCGCAAGAGACUCGAGGAGACACUCGGCAUGGAAGCAGCCAAAUUCGAUGCUUGCGACAACGCCAUUCUCUUCGCCAAAGGCGCUCCGGAUAUCUUGUUCAAGCGAUGUUCGUCAGUUCUGGAUGCCUCUGGCCAAAUCGUCCCACUUACUCCCGAGCGUCAAGCGCACCUCACCACGCUUCAGCUCUCGUGGGCCAACCGCGGACAGCGCGUUCUGCUCUUCGCCCGCCGCGUCAUCAAUCGUCCUCUGAGCGAGCUCGCCGAGCCCCAACUCAUCGAACUGAGCCAGAGCCUCACCGUAAUUGGCCUUGUUGGAAUCGUCGACCCACCUCGUCCCGAAAUCCCCAACGUCGUCAAAGUGUGCCGUGGGGCUGGGGUCCGCUUCGCUAUGGUUACCGGUGACUUUGAAGGUACGGCCGUUGCCAUCGCCCGUCAAAUUGGCCUCGUGACUGCCUCGAAGGUCCACAAGUUCGAAGAGUUGGCGGCAUUGACGCUACCGGAGUACGACUUCCUUGCAGACAAUGACAUCAGAGAGCAACGAGCGCUGGCGUUGACUGGUGGCGAUCUCAUGCGUUUGCAGCCCGAGGACUGGAACAAUGUCUGCGCAUUCGACGAGCUCGUCUUUGCGCGCACUACACCCGAUCAGAAGCUGCGCAUCGUCGAGGAAUUCAGAAAAAGGGGAGCUGUGGUCGGUAUGAGCGGAGAUGGUGUCAACGAUGCUCCAGCUUUGAAGAGCGCCGACGUCGGGAUCGCCAUGGGCAAUGGUAGUGCCGUCGCAAUGGAGGCCGCCGAUCUUGUCCUGCUGGACGACUUUAGCUCCAUCCUGGAUGCCUUGCUCUACGGACGUCUCUGCUUCGACAACCUCAGGAAGAGCGUCGCUUACCUGCUUCCAGCGGGCUCUUUCUCCGAGCUCAUCCCUGUGCUUCUCGCGUUCUUUGUCGGUCUGCCGCAGGCGCUCAACAACCUGCAAAUGAUCUUCAUCUGCUGCUUUACCGAUUUGGCACCCUCGCUCUCCCUCGUUCACGAAAAGCCGGAAGCGAACCUCUUGGCGCGCAAACCUCGCAGCGUCAAGCACGACCGCCUGAUAGACGUCAAGACCCUUGCGCAUGUAUACUUUGCCGUCGGUGUACCUUACGCAUUGAUCGCUUCGUCGCUUGCCUUCGCCUAUUUGCAGGAGAAUGGCGUGCCAUUCUCGGACAUCGUUGCCAAGUAUGGAGCUGGUACGGUUCAAACGGAGGAUCCUGCAAGAUUCCAAGAAGUGCUCAACCAGGCCAACACCAUCUACUUCUGGGCACUCAUCAGCAUGCAGUGGUUCAACCUGUUUGCCAUGCGCACCCGAAAACUCUCCAUCUUUCAACAAGCGCCCAUUGGCAACAAAGCGACUCAGAACCUCUUCUUGUUCCCAGCGCUCGUCAUCUCCCUCGUGAUGGGCAUCAUCGUCUCUUAUCCGCAAACCUUUCAGAACAUCUUUCUUACUCGUCCCAUCGUCGGCAAGUACAUUGGCAUCUCGAUGGCCUGCGGCCUGGCCUUGCUCAUCAUCGACGAGGUGCGCAAGCUUUUGAUCCGCACCUUUCCCAACUCGCUCUUCCCAGCCAAGGCGGCUUGGUAGGCGCUUCCGCAUGGUCCAAGCUUUUCACGAACUAAUGAUGAUUUUGUAAAUACACGUACCAUGACGAGUUUCAUCGGCUCACGCUGUAAUGAGUAUCACCAAUAGAGACAUUCAUGUGAAGCGCCUCUUCGUCCCAAAGACUCGUCCU